AUUUUUUACAGUUUAUUUAUAUAUUCUCAAUAAUAAAUAACAAUAUAUUUUCCAUCAAAUAAAUAAUAAUUGUAAAUCACACAUCAGUUGAUGAGCUAAUAGUGAGUUGAUUUUAGGGUUUAAGAGGUCGAUCUGUUUAUAUUUAUUUGAUUGGAUUGUUGUUUUGUUAAUGGCGGAUGGUCGUCGUUACGCUCUUGGUGCUCAAUUAGACAUUGCGCAAAUACUUUCAGAAGCACAGCAUCGGUGGCUUCGACCUGCAGAGAUAUGUGAAAUCCUUCGAAAUUACACAAAGUUCCGCAUUGCUUCCGAGCCUGGAAAUAGACCUCCAAAUGGUUCCCUUUUUCUAUUUGAUCGCAAGGUAUUAAGGUAUUUCAGAAAAGAUGGACAUAACUGGAGGAAGAAAAAAGAUGGAAAAACAGUUAAGGAAGCUCAUGAAAGGCUCAAAGCUGGAAGCAUAGAUGUGUUACACUGCUACUAUGCUCAUGGAGAAGAGAACGAAAAUUUUCAGAGGCGUAGCUAUUGGUUGCUUGAAGAGGAGCUAUCAAAUAUUGUCCUAGUCCACUACCGUGAAGUAAAGGGGAGUAGGACAAACACAAAUCGUGUUAGAGAGGUUGGAGAAGCAACUCCCAACUCUUUGGAAAGUGAAGAGAACAUAUCUACUUCUGAGGUUGAUAGUUCCGUGUCUUCUAAAUUUCGCACAUAUAACCCUGUGGCUUCUCAAACUACUGACAAUAGCACACAAGCCUCAGAAUACGAAGAUGCAGAGUCAGCAUAUUCUCACCAAUCUACUUCGAGAUAUGGUUCUAUCCUCAACUUGCAACCGUCAGCUACAGUAAAGACAGAUGAUUCACUCCCUAUGCCUUAUUAUCCAGUUCCUUCCUCAAAUGAUUACGAUGUAAAAUUUCAAGGAAAUCCCGAUAUGAGUUUUGUCUCACUCAUGCAAGGGGACAAAAGUGCAAACAAUAUUGAUGUUGGUUAUCCAUAUGCGUUUGAAAGCUACAGUGCAGGAAGUCAGUCUGCCAGCUACCAGCCAACACAUCUCUCAUCCGAGUCUUAUAACACAGGAUUUGAUCAAGCGCAGGAAUUCAAGGGAAGUUCAGGGUGGCAGCAUGAUGCAGCAUAUAACAAUCUUCAAUCUAGGCUCAACGAAGAAGUUAGUUAUGCAGAAAUUUUCAAUUCGUUUGAGACUGGCAAUGCCAUUGAUCACAAUAAGACUCUUGAACAAGAAAAUUUUGAAUUACAAUUUAUAGAUGAAGAUGGUGAGAAACCUGUGAAAUCGAAUCUGGUGGGCAGUUUGAAUAUAGAUGAAAAAUAUGGCUCUUUGAAAUCUCCAUAUGUGGAGGGGCUGAGCAAAAAGGAGGGUCUUAAGAAGAAUGACAGCUUUGACCGAUGGAUGGCCAAAGAACUUGGAGACGUGAAGGAGACACAAACCCAGUCCACUUCUGAGACCUACUGGGAAGCUGUUGAAAGUGAGAAUGGAGUUGAUGAUUCCAUUAUUAGUCCACAAGUGCAUUUGGACAGUUAUGUUUUGGGCCCGUCUCUCUCCCAGGACCAGCUCUUCAGCAUUAUUGACUUCUCUCCGAACUGGGCAUAUACUGGGUCCGAAAUUAAGGUUUUAAUAACGGGCAGAUUUCUAAGGGGUCAACAAGAAUUGAAGCACUGUGAAUGGGCAUGUAUGUUUGGAGAGUUAGAAGUCCCUGCAGAGGUUGUAGGUGAUGGUGUUCUCCGUUGUCGUACACCCGAACACAAGCCGGGAAGGGUCCAUUUUUAUGUAACGUGUUCCAAUAGAGUUGCUUGCAGUGAAGUACGAGAGUUUGAGUUCAAACUCAUCGAGAAUCAUCAAGAUAUGGAUGGUGCAGAUCUCAGUAGUGGUGACAACUCUAAUGAAAUGCUUCUACACAUGCGGUUUGUGAAAUUAUUAUCUCUUGGAUCUGGAAAUUCCCAAAGCUCUGUAGACAGUUUGAAUGAUCCUGAACUUAAAAUGCAACUUAGUUCAUUGAUUCAAGAGGAUAACAGUGAGUGGGAUCAAAUGCUAAAGCUUACAUCAGAAGAGGAUUUUUCUUCAGAGAGAGCAAGGAGUCAACUUUUUCAAAAGCUGCUCAAGGAAAAGCUGUAUACAUGGAUCAUUCAUAAGGUGGGAGAAGGUGGAAAAGGUGCUUGUGUGUUAGAUGAAGGUGGGCAAGGUGUGGUGCAUUUUGCAGCUGCCCUUGGUUAUGACUGGGCUAUUCCGCCUACUGUUGCUGCAGGAGUUAGUAUCAACUUUCGAGAUGUCAAUGGCUGGACCGCCCUCCACUGGGCUGCAUCUUGUGGCAGAGAGCGCACAGUGGCUUUUCUCAUUUCACAAGGUGCCGCUGCAGGAGCACUAACAGAUCCUUCUCCGAGAUACCCAACCGGUAGAACACCUGCAGACUUGGCUGCUAGCAAUGGAGACAAAGGGAUUGCAGGUUAUUGUGCUGAAGCUGCAUUAAGUGCCCACCUUGAACUUCUAAAUCUAAAGGAUGCCAAAAAGGAAGGUGAAACAUCUGGUUCCAAGGCCGUACAGAUAGUGUCAGAAAGGACUCCAACUCCCGUGACUUAUGGGGAUUUGCCUUUAAAAGAUUCACUAGCCGCUGUUUGUAAUGCUACUCAAGCUGCUGCUCGGAUUCACCAAGUAUUCCGAGUGCAAUCCUUCCAAAAAAAGCUGCUAAAAGAGCAUGGUGGUAAUAAAUUUGGGAUGUCAGAUGAGCGGGCCCUCUCACUUCUUGCUUUAAAGACAGCCAAGACCGGUCAACAUGAUGAGCCGGUACAUGCUGCUGCAGUGCGGAUUCAAAAUAAGUUUCGAAGUUAUAAAGGGAGAAAAGAUUUUCUGAUAAUGAGGCAGAGAGUUGUCAAAAUUCAGGCACACGUCAGAGGACACCAAGUGAGGAAGAACUACAAAAAGAUAGUGUGGUCGGUGGGAAUAUUGGACAAGGUAAUUUUAAGGUGGAGGCGUAAGGGACGUGGUUUGAGCGGAUUUAAGCCUGAAGCAAUUCCUGAAGCAAUACCUGAAGGUACUAGCACCAUGGAGGCUAAGCCUUUAAGGGAGGAUGAUGAUGAUUUUUUCAAAGAAGGCAGGAAGCAAACUGAACAACGAUUGCAAAAGGCACUUGCAAGAGUCAAGUCUAUGGUUCAGUAUCCUGAGGCAAGAGAUCAAUACCGUAGAUUGCUCAAUGUUGUCAAUGACAUGCAGCAAAGCAAGGCUGCAUAUGACAAGGCUAUGGAGAGUUCAGAAGAAGCUGCUGAUUUUGAUGACGAUCUGAUCGACCUUGAUGCAUUGCUAGGCGAUGAUGACACUUUUAUGACUAUCUGAGCCUUGAUUUCGUCUUAUUGCAUUGUGGAAUCUGGUUUUAUAUUGUGCCAUAUGCCUUCUGAUACAAAGCUUAUUUUUGUAAAUGGUUAAUUGUUUGAUUUAAAGUGGGACUUAGACUUGUGCCAAGGAUUUGCAUAGGAACGGUGUUAUCCCUGUACAUUGUAUGCUAAACAAGAUAUUUGACUUUGGCAACAAACUAAUAUUAUUAUAAGUAGGAAAACAACUACAUUUA